AUGUCUCCAGCACAAAAUAAUACAAUUCCUGCUAAAGCAUAUGCUGUUUUUGCUGAUGAUUCUCCAUUCAAAGUAUUUGAUUUCGAACGACGAACACCUCGAGUCGAUGAUGUUGUCAUUCGUAUUCAUUAUUGUGGUAUUUGUCAUUCAGAUAUCCAUCAUGUGUAUAACGAAUGGAAAAAAGAAACAUAUCCAUUAGUACCAGGUCAUGAAAUCACUGGUGUUGUUGAACAAGUCGGUUCAAGUGUCAAACAUUUUAGUGUAGGUGAUCAUGUUGGUGUUGGUUGUGUUGUUGAUACAUGUCUCAAAUGCGAGCCUUGUAAAAAACACAAAGAACAACAUUGUCCUGACGUCUGUUAUACAUAUGGAAGUACUGAACUUGACAAAGUAACACCAACACAUGGAGGUUAUUCCAAUUUAGUUACUGUUAAAGAACAUUUUGUUUGCAAAAUUCCAAAUAAUUUACCAUUAGAUGCAGCAGCACCAUUACUUUGUGCAGGUAUUACAACUUAUUCACCAUUACGACAAUACAAUGUUGGAAAAGAUUCAAGAAUAGGAGUUGUUGGUCUUGGUGGUUUAGGUCAUAUGGGAGUUAAACUCGGUGCAGCUAUGGGUGCUCAUGUUACUGUCAUUUCAACUUCUGAAUCGAAACGUAAUGAUGCAAUCAAACUUGGUGCUAAAGCAUUUCUUGUUUCAAAAGAUAAAGAACAAAUGAAAACAGCUGCAAAUUCAUUAGAUUUAAUUAUUGAUACCGUAUCAGCCCCUCAUGAUGUUAAUGCUUUGAUUGACUUAUUGAAAUUUGAAGGAGUAUAUUGUUUAGUUGGAGCACCACCUAAACCACUUGAAAUUGGAGCAUUUCCACUUAUAAUGAAACGACCAAUAAUUACUGGAAGUAAUAUUGGUGGAAUGAAAGAAACUCAAGAAAUGCUUGAUUUUUGUGGUAAACAUAAUAUUGUAUGUGAUAUUGAAAAGAUUCAAGCAACGCCAGAAACAAUUAAAACAGCUUAUGAUCGAACAGUCAAAUCCGAUGUGAAAUAUCGCUUUGUUCUUGAUAUGUUAAAUGCAUUCAAAUAA